AGUCGAGGGAUCGCGGCAGUGUGACCAGUCUGAGCAGCGAGUUCUCCCUUAUCACUGAGGAGGCGGGCGCCGUAUCCAGCCUCAACAACGAAGCAGUGGACAUGUUCUCCAGCCAACCCCAGGCCUCCAGCUGGAGAAAAGGCACCACCUCCUCUCCUCAGAUGGUUGUUUGGAAUAAACAGAACCCUGUGGAAGAGCACCUCUCCCAUCCACUCAAUGAGGCCAGGUCUUCCAGCUCUUCCUCCUCCAACCAGUCAGAACACGGCGUCACACGCACUGGCAGCAGCCCGUUGGCUGUCCCUGGAAGAAGGUUAGCAGCAGACUACACUCGGUCAGGUUCCUCCCUCUCUACAGAGUAUGGGAGCUGGCAGAUAGUUUCGGGUUGUGGCAGCAUCCAUGACCACGCCCACUUCCCUCCUCCUCUGGCCUCAGCCUCCUCAACCUCGUCUGCUGUCGCUGCUGCCUACGACUCCCCCCUGCCCUUCAGUUUUCAGGAUGAAGGACCCAGUGGACGGAUGUGUCCCUUUCCCUCUGAGCGUCAGGCCCGCCUGGAGGCGGUGCGGGAAGUCUUCCUGGCGGCCUACAGCUCCACUGUCGGCCUCAAGUCCUCGGUGCCCAGCCCCUCUGGCGCAAUCUCCGGCCUGCUGGAGCAGUUCGCCCGCGGGGUAGGCCUCCGGGGCACAAACGCCAUUGUCUGAACCCUCUCAAUGUGACUUCAGACCCUCCUUCUUCUUCCAUCCAUCCAUCAACAGACGAUUCAACACAUCUGGACUCAGUACGACAAAGUGCCAAACAUCUCGGUUCAGUGCAGGGCUGAAGCAUUUGUUUCUUUUUUUUAAAACUUACUUUGGUUUUGUUUUUAAACCUUACAUGUCCGGAUUUAGUUUUUUCUGUGAUCCUCCAAGUUUUCUCUGGACUUUUAAUCUUGUGUGUUGAGUUUAUCUGUCACAUUCAGGGAGGGAAAUGGUUUCAGCCACAGUAUCAAAAAGGGAUAAUGAAAUGUAAGUGGCUAAGAACAUGGGGUCUGUGCCUGUUACAGGCAGAAUAUAAAGAAUUCUUCCUUCCUCUGUUCUUCCUUAAUCUGCUCAUAUUUUUUUUAAAAUCCUUGCAGUGACCGUCCCAUGCACAGGAAGCGAUAUGUUUUUAGUCCUGUUGUUUUGUGCUGCUAUUCUUAACUGACCCAAGCAGUGGAAAGUUCUUUUGUUCAGGUGGAUUUGGAAGAAGAGAUAAAUACAGCACUUAUUGUGUUCUGACAGAAAUGGUACCAAGGUUUUUGGUUUCUAAUUUAGCACAGAAAAUUGAAAUUGGAUAAGGAUGGAAGGUUGAAGGUUGAAUUUUUAAAAGUCUGUCCUAAUGCAGUAUUCACAUGCCAUAUGUACAUUGAAGGAGUUUUUGGCUGCUGUAGUAAUUCCUUCUGUCCACUCUGGGGUUGAAGACAUUCCUUUGUAGUGCAACUGUACUGUAUCUGCAGUCCACGUUAAGCUAAUAUGAAGCUUCAGAAGUUUGAGUUAGUGUCUGUGCUUUGUCCAAGUGUUGUCCAUAUUCUGUGACUUGAUAAGCAAUUUCAGUCUUGGCCAAAUCCCUUUGGAGUUCAGGGUUCACCAUACUUGAAACAACAAUUAUACAACAUGUCUGACCACGUCUAAAGGCAAAAGUAUUUACACCAGUUGUUGUGAGGGACCCAAUCACUGGGUAAAGUGGCUGGAUUGAAGGUUUCAGAAAGUUACAGAAACUGCCAGACACAGCGCCCCAAAUCUGACUCGGGAUAAGGGGUAUCGUGCUGAUUGAUGAUGCCACAAAGCCUUACAGUGUGAAUCUGACAAUUAGUUUGUAUGAAGUGUCGUCCAAACAAGUCUAAGGGAAUGUUAAAAUGGGGAUAAGGGUGCAUACUUUUCAGACAGUUUCGUGUUGAAGGCAUUCAUGGUGUUGCAAAAAAAGUUCAAAACCUGCCUACUUUCUCACCUCCGUACACCUUGUCAAUCAGUGUGUGAAGUGGAAGGAUUAUGGGUCUCAGAAAGUCACAGAAACUGCCGGACGCAGCACCCCGAAUGACUUAUGGGAUGCUGUUCAAUGAUCCAACAAGCACUUUGUUUGAAGCAUACUGAAACCUUGAAGCCUCAGUGGGAACUCAAGCGUACAAACUAGUUUGUGUGAAGGGUUGGCUGAACCAGAACACACAAGGCAAAAGUGUUCAUAGUGGUUAGGAGUGGUCACACUUGCAUGCUGGGCAAAAAGUCUGUCAUUAUAUAGAGGUGUGAGAUGCAACAGAAUGUGAUAUUUGGGCCCUAUUUCGGGGUACACUAGAAAGUUAUCUCUUCUCAGCCUGUAUGGACAGAAGGGAUGAUUACAGCGACCAGCAGGCGUACAUAUGGUAUGUGAGGUAGAUGCCUUAAACAAAAUCUGAUCCUAUCCUUGAACUAGAUGACUUUCAAGUUAUAUUACAAAAUAUUAUCUUCAUAAAAUAAGGAUUAAACAUUUACAGCGACUGUUCACUCAGUUUUUGAAAAUGCAGAAGAUGAAGCAACGAUCUUUUCACCUCGCCAGUCUAAUGUCAUGUCCUUUACUUGAGUUCAUAUCCGGUCUUCUUCUUCUUCUUCUUCUUCUUCUUCUUCUUCUUCUUCUUCUUCUUCUUUAGCACUGACAUGGUAGCACAAGAGGCACUGAGCAUUGUGGUAGCAAACCUGUGAACCGAAUGCCUUUCCAGAGUCCUUUCUCGUUGGACUCCAGUGAAACGAGGUCCACGUGAUUCCUGCCUGUGCUGAGAUUUCCGCCCAGCUGUUACCACACAACUGUUGUUCCGAAACACGUGAGCUGUAUUUUCAGGUCACACUUAGACCGACAUUUCUACCUGGGCCACUCUCAGCUAGAUUCACACUUUAAAGUAAAUUUCUUCAGAGAUUUCUGUUGAGAGAUUUUAUUUGAAACUAGCUUGUCGGUGUUGCCAAACGGUUUUGACGGCUGCUGUACCUCAGGACGUUUUGUUGUGCCUUUUUUAUCUUCAGUAAUGCUGGAUCAGACCUCUACUACUCUGAUCCAGUUUCAGGUGUAUUUCUGUUACUUAAAUGGUUUCAAGAGCUUGGGGUGUUUGCAGCAGAUUGUUAAUAAAAGUUUUGAUUGUAGAGCAUUAGCAGCAUUAGCUUUGCAAUGAAGCUUUUGGAAUUUUGCCCCUUUGUCACUCACUUUGUUGAAGGACUAUAAGUCUUUUUUAGUUGUACAGUAACAUAAAGCUGUUGAGUCUUAUAGACAAACUGAUACAGUUGACAUUUUUCAUUCACACCCAAAUUUAAGGCACAAAGAGAUGUUCAUUUCUGCUUUUGAAAGAGACUGUAGCUGAAGAGGAUUUUAUUGAUUUUAAGGAAUAAUUCAAGUAGGAAUUUGGGGAAGUACACUUACUCACUUUCUUUCCGAUAGUAAGAUGAGAAGAUUGUCAUCAAUAUCAUGUCUUAGUGCAGAGCUAGAGAUGGGACAUGUUUAGACUGAGGGGAAACAGCUAGCUCUGCCUUUUUUCAAGUUCAAAAAUAUGCAUAUCAACACCUCUAAAGCUCAUUAACGUGUUUAUCUAGUUUACUGAAUCCACACACAAACAGAAAUGUAAAAAUGGCAAUUUGACAUUUUCGGGGGAUUUUGGUGGUGUAAUUACCAUAUUUCUUAAUGAACAACAGUUAAUCUGUUAGCCUGUUAGUUCUGGAUUUUUACUUUUCUGUCCAAGUAUGGGUUAAAAGACGAGAUACGUGUUGAUCAGUCAGUUUUAGAGGUGUUGUUAGGUGUGUUUUUCAGAUUGGACGUCGUCAGGCGUUUCUAGACUUUAUGCUAGGUUAGGCUAACUCCAGCUCUGCAUUUCACUCACAGACACAAGUGGUAUUGGUUUUCACAUCUCACUCUCAGAAAGAAUUCAAAUAAGCAAUUGUCUUUUUACUGGCAGAAUUUGGUGUUCUGCUAUAGAUUCCAAGCCAAAUUCUGCUUUCUUUGUACCACAAAAAGACAUUUGCUAAACUAUUUUUAAAGCCACGUUAGUUUUUAUCCCUUUUUUCUUUGACAUUGUAAGGAAUUUGUUUGUAUUUGGUUCACAUGACCGCAUGUAUUUGCCUGGGCUGUCAAAGUGGUUUUAUUUUGUAAUCCUACACAAAUCUGUCCAGCUUUAUUUGAGACUUUCAGGCAUGGCCUCCUCUCUGUCAGCUUUCUUGGUAAGAAACCUUUUCUGAAGAGGAGCUAUAAUUCAGUCAAGCUUUCAUAUCAUUUGUUUUUAUUUUGGCAUCAUUUCUACAGUCUGCCUGUAGCUGUUGAGCAUCACAGGACACACAAAAGCAUUACUGUCAUUUUCACAUAGCUGAAAUGACUUAUUCUGAGAUACUUUCAAAUACUCUCCAAAAACUCAGUCUGUCACUUUUUCGUUUACUUGUUUUGCAUUACUCUCAAUUGCGGCAUAUAAUGGUUUUAUUUGUUUUUACAAGUUAAUUUUUAUUUCAGAAUCUCUUUAUUAAAAUGCUGCAUUGCACUCAUCCUGAGGUUUAAAGUUUUCUUCUUUGUACAGUUGAUGCAUUUUUAAGUAAUUCUACCUUUGAUUUCUUAAUUGUUGGCAGGCUACAAUGAAAGGUGAACUGAGCAGUAAGUGGCAAUUGUGAAUAAAUGAAAAAAGAGAAUGUA